UUUGAAUAGGAACGUAUUUCGGGAAUAGGGGUGGGGCAAGGAAUAUUAGGGAGGAGAGCGUUUAUAGGAAUAGGGGUGGAUUGGGUAUUUGAAGGAAGAGGGGGGCAGUGGGAGAGAGGAUGGGAGGUAAGAGGAGGGUAAGGGGAGGGAGGAAGCUAGACGGGUUAAGGAAGGGGGGUAGGGCGGGAUUAGGUUUAGGAAUAGGGUCAGCUCUAAAACUACGAAACUCAGCUAUCCUAUUUCUACGUGGACGGAGGUACACCGUACAUUAAAGCACGUCUUAAGUCUCAUGGACUGACAGCACAUGUACAGGUGUAAAAAAGGACAAUCUACCUUCGACCAUCCCUUCUUCCUAUUGUACUUCAUAAGAAAUUCGGAAGUUAGUCGGAUGCAACAAAACUAUCCCGGAUUUGGUCGGAUUGGAAAAAUGUAUUGGGUUCGGAUUACAGAAGUUCACAUCAGAUCGGAUUCGUUGACCCUCCCGGAUACGAUGCACACCUCUAUUUUGGAGCCAGGGUCUGCAAUGGGUAAUCUUUCAGCUCUCGCAUCACCAUACCCAGGGACUGCCAUGCCCUAAACUGGAAAAGGUAGGCGAUGCAUCUCCAGGCAAGCGAGGACAUUGGAAGACACCCGUGUGUAAGGGGGUAUGUGAAAAGAGAGUGGUUAAGACCAAAAAGCGGGAUUUCAUUCCUUCCUUCAUAUCUGUAUUCACGAUGCUUAAAAUCCGUCAGUUAUCAUAAAGGAUAGGUUUGGAACAAAGUUGCAAGCAUACACAUAUUUGCCCUCUAAAUCAUCAUGAGGUUAAUCCAUCCCUUGAUCUGCUUUAUAACAUUUUGUUGUGGUGUUUCUGGUGAAAAGAGCCUAUCUUUUUCCAUUGAAACUGAAUGGAACUGAGUCGAUGUUCGUCAUGCCCCCAUUAACAUUACGUUCUCAUUAUCUUCCGACCAAGAGCUGGUUGUGUCUAUGGAGGCUCCAUAUUUCAAUUCAACCAAUCCAAACACCAAUUUGGUCCAAGAAGACACUUGUCCCCAAAGACCUGGAGAGGCCAUUUAUAAUUUCGAGGUAGUAGAGGUGUUUUUCUUGAAUGAUGAUGAUGAUUACCUGGAGAUGGAGUUGGCCCCAAACGGGCAAUAUUUGAACAUUCUAUUGUCCGGGUCUCGGAACGACCUUUUAACUUACCUGCCUUUCCUGGGGGAUCAAGUGGAGGUUAAUAAUCCUUGUCAUGAACAAACGGAACCAGGAUGUGUUUGGACCGGAAAUGUGACGAUCCCAACUGAGUACCUUCCCGCGAAUAUCACCAAGUUCAACGCAUUCGCCGUGCAUGGCGAGAUGGAAAAUGGCGAACUCAUCACCUACUACGAAUCCUUGUUCCCGGUCGAUGAAGAAAGUUCGGGCGUAACGGAACCUAACUUCCAUUACCUUGACGCUUUCCAGCCAAUUGACCUCGGUGAGAUUGGUCUGGUUAACCUUAAGGAAUCUGAGUUAUGGAUUCAAGCUAAAGCAACCCCCCAAUCAUUCUCAAACAUGUACAAAGUUCAUGAGGCUUAUGGGUGCACGAAAAAGGCACAAUUUGGUGCAAAUUUCUCAACAAAACGGUCAAAUGGAAAAUUAAUAUUUAAUGUGACAGUCUCCGAACUUGGUCACGUUAAUUAUGACAUCCCUACCACUCAACAGCAACCAGGACCCAAUGAUGAGCUAUUUGACUUGCCUCAUGAAUCGGUUUGGGCUAGUUUCACUAAUGAGGACAAUCUAGCAAUUCGCUUCGGGAUCAACCCAUAUGGUGCUUAUCUAGUCAAUUUAUUAGAUGACUCCAACAUCCUAGCCAACGUCACUCUGGUGGAUGAGAACUCACUGACUUGUUCCACGCCGACAAACUCGUUUUGGUCGUGUCAGUUAUCGAUUGAAGAUCAAUAUUUUCCCAAGGACGUGAAAUAUUUCCAAUUGGUUCACCACCAUCAGCCUUUGUUGUCUGACGAAAAUAAGCCUCUGCCAGAUUUUGAGAUCAUUUCAGCCAGCUGUCUCGGCACUCUCGAGGGACAGCCUAUUGGCGGCAACACCCUUCGAGAUCUGGAUUGGGUCGGGUGCUUGACUGAUAACCGGAACUUUUUGGACUCGGAGGUAAACAGCGAACAUUCGGAUAUUUGGCUUAAGUUAAAACCAGAACUGACGACUUCGACUACCUAACCCCUGACCAUCAAACCUAUUUUGCUCGGAUUAAAUUCAGAAGAAUUGUUGCCGGAGGACGUGGCGGUCGGUGCUGUUUGGAUAACUAGCGUGUGCUCAUACUUUCGUUAAGAGAUUCCUUUGAAAUAUUACGAACUUCUCCUUUUCCAAAUUGAUUA